AUGACACACUCAUGUAAAUGCGGAGACUCUUGCCAAUGUGGUGAUAAAUGUACAUGUGGACCAAAGGAAACACCAAAAUGUGGAUGCAGUGACUGUAAAUGUGGCGAUAAAUGCUCAAGUGAUUGCAAAUGCACCUCUUGCACCUGUAAAAAAUAA